GUAAUAAAUUUACCUCACUUCCGGUUUAGCCGUAACCAGAGCUAACUUAGCGCAUCGGCGUGUUGCUGUUGUGACGCUGGACGAGACAAACCAAAGUUUCAAUGGAGCCGCAGAAGAAGCUGAUCAACUCAGUGGAGAGCUGUGUGGAUGAAGCUCUCUGCGGCCUGGUCAGGGCCUCCGGGGGCCAGUCCCUGUUAAAGGGCCACAGGGUGGUGGUCCGCUCUGACCUCCAGAGCCUGAGGGGGAAGGUGGCCCUGGUGUCUGGAGGGGGGUCGGGGCACGAACCCGCACACGGAGGUUACAUCGGCGCCGGAAUGCUGUCUGCGGCGGUGGCGGGGGCCGUGUUUGCGUCGCCGCCUCCUGCUAGCAUCCUGGCGGCCAUUCUGUGUAUGCACAACGCAGGAGCAUCUGGAGUCCUCCUCGUCGUGAAGAACUACACUGGCGACCGUCUCAACUUCGGCCUGGCGGCGGAGCAGGCGCGCAACCAGGGCGUGGCCGUGGACAUGGUGAUCGUAGCCGACGACUGCGCCUUCGAUCUGCCCAGCAAAGCGGGCAGGCGGGGCCUCUGUGGAACCGUCUUCAUACAUAAGCUGGCUGGCGCUUUGGCAGAAGAAGGAUGCUCAUUGGAGCACAUCGUUUCCAGAGUGAGGGAGGCUCUGAAAGGCAUCGGCACUUUGGGGGUGAGCCUGUCCCCCUGCAGCGUUCCCGGCUGCCUGCCUUCCUUCCAGCUUCCGCCUGGAGACAUGGAGCUGGGAUUGGGAAUCCACGGUGAGCCAGGGAUCAAGAGGUCAAAGGUGGCGUCUGCAGACCAGGUGGUGGAGACCAUGCUGGAUCACAUGACCAACCCCAACAGCCAGUCCCACCUGCCGCUGAAAGCAGGCGACUCUGUGGUUCUGUGCGUGAACAACCUGGGGGCGCUGUCCUGCCUGGAGAUGGCGGUGGUGACUCGGGCCGCCAUCGGCUGCCUUGAGAGCCGCGGAGUGCUGGUCGCCCGGGCGAUGUCCGGGUCCUUUAUGACAUCACUGGAGAUGGCGGGGGUGUCUCUGAGUCUGAUGAGGGCCGACGGCGAGCUGCUGCGGCUGUUUGAUGCAGACACCAGCGCCCCCGCCUGGCCAAACCUCAGCAGUGCGUGUGUGAGUGGGCGUGGCUACAUCACGGAGCCUCCGGUGAUGCAGACGCGGCCGCAGGAUGACACACAGGUGGAAGGUCCUCUGAGUCCGCUGAUGCGGCGUGCGCUGGAAAAGGUUUGCUCCGCCCUCCUGGAGAAGCAGGAGGAACUGAACUCUCUGGACCGCGCUUCAGGGGACGGCGACUGCGGGACCACCCACGCUCAGGCCGCCCGAGCCGCUCAGGAGUGGCUGCAGGGUCACGUGGUUCCAGGUUGCCCCGGGCGACUGCUCUCCGUCCUCUCCGGAUUGGUCGAGGAGAAGAUGGGCGGGUCUUCAGGAGCGCUCUACAGCCUGUUCCUGACCGCCGCCGCGGGUCACGUGACCCAGGGCCAGAGCGACGCCGCUGCCUGGGCUCGGGCAGUGCAUGCUGGGACGCAGGCCAUGAGGAGGUAUGGAGGCGCUGAUCCUGGAGACCGAACAAUGUUGGACGCUCUUUGUCCCGUGGCGGAAGAGCUGAUGAAGCUGACCACCGCUUCACCUGGUGGGCAGAAGGCGGUACUGCGGUCCGCUGUUCAGAAAGCGUCGUUGGGGGCCGAGGCAACCCGCCACAUGACCGCCAGAGCGGGGAGAGCCAGCUACAUCGCCGCCGAUCGCGUGACCCUGCCGGAUCCCGGCGCUGUGGCCGUGACUGCCAUCCUCAGAGCGGUCCUGGAAACUCUGGAGGAGGAGAAGUGAGGCAGGAGAUGCACGGGAGUUUCCAUGGCAACAUAAGAAACGCCAACGUUGAUUCCAGAAGGUUCUGUGGUCCCAAACCCCAGGAAGCAGCCGGAGCGGACCAGAACUCCAACAGAUUAAGAAUAAACGUCACGUUUGGAUUUCUGUACGGCUGUUUUUGAUCUGAGUAACUGUAAUAAAAAUCAAGCACUUUAGAGAUUC